AUGUGCACGUGGCGCGGAAGCUACUUUGAAUCCGCCGAAUGGUAUUUAUUAGCUUCACACUUAUUGUCCUGUAUUCAAUUCCCGGUGAACGCUUUUGGCACCUAUAUUAUAUUAUUUAAAACUCCGAAUAAUUUAGGAAAAGUUAAAUUUUCUAUAUUAACAAUGCACUUAACAUGCACUUGGCUGGAUAUUUUCUUUAAUUAUCUUGCGAUCCCAUACAUGAUUGUUCCAGCGGCGGGGGGUUAUCCAUUGGGUCCAUUAUUACAUCUAGGAGUUCCUACAAGUGUCAUGGUAUAUAUUGGAGCAACAUCCAUUCUUUUCUUCGUCCCUGCCAUCAUUCUAUUCUUCGAAGAACGAUACAAUCGACUACUCCGUCGAGAUUCCGAUACUAAGCGUCGAAAAAUAAAACGAAUAAUUCACAUUGGAUUUAACUAUAUUCUUGGAUUAACCGGAACACUUGCCAUUCUGUUUAGAACUACAGAUUCCAGAGAAUCCCAUCUAAAGGUUCUUGAAAAGUUCCCGUGUUUACCAAAAGAUAUUAUCGACAAACCGGGAUUUUAUGUGCUCGCGGAAAGUUCAUUGGGUCUGGUGGUUCCGUUCAUGUUUUAUAUGGUGUUUACAGCCUCACAGAUUAUAUUCUUCUUCUAUAAAACUCUUACAUUCCUGUUCAAAACUAGAACAAUAUCCCAAAAGACUACUGAAAUGCAGAAGAAAUUAUUUAUAAAUCUUUGCAUCCAAAUAACAGUUCCACUUGUAGUCGUAUUCGUUCCUUGUGUUUAUUUGAAUAUCUCUGGAUUAUUCAAUCAUUUGGAUAUGCUUAUAGAUAAUAUUGGACAACUUAUCAUUUCAACACAUGGAUUAUUAUCGACUAUUACCACGUUAACAGUGCAUAAAGGAUAUCGAUUAGCAGUUCUGCAUUUGUUUUGGAAGGAAGAAAAUUUGACAACUGUAGCCGUGUCAAUAAACAACUCGCUGGCGCCGAGAAUGCUUUAA